AACGUUCCUCGGGUAAGUUUUGCAUGGCCCUCGUUUCCACAAAUAACUUUUUCUUUUUCUUUUUUCUCUUUUUUUUCGAAUUCAAGUUACUCAUUUAUGAGCGUAUCUGUACAGUGAAUAAUUAGUUGACUUACAUUAAUUGUUUUCUUCCCACCUUGCACGCAGCCAACUCCAACAGUUCCGACGGCGGCAAUGCCAUCGCAAACACCAGCAACCCUGCCAACCCCGCCGGCAAUAGCGACAACAACACUGUACAGAGGGCCCCGCAGUGCCUCGUUCGCGAGCAGGAUCGAUACAUGCCGAUAGCCAACGUGAUACGCAUAAUGCGGAGGAUAUUACCCCCGCAUGCAAAAAUAUCUGACGACGCCAAGGAGACCAUGCAGGAGUGUGUGUCCGAGUACAUCGCCUUCAUAACCGGCGAGGCCAACGAGCGCUGCCAGCGCGAGCAGCGCAAGACUGUCACUGCUGAGGAUGUCCUCUGGGCCAUGGGAAAGCUCGGGUUUGACAAUUACGUCGAACCCCUCACCAUUUACCUCCAACGCUACCGGGAGUCUGAGAGUUCCGACCGCUCUCAGUUUGUUAAGAGGGAGGAGCGCCAGUCAAUGGACUAUUGCCCUCCUGGGCAUGCUGGGCCCCAGGUUGCAAUGAUGCCUCCCCCGCCACCAUCUUAUGGGCCGGGAUAUUAUUUCGGGCCCCAGCAUGGUCCUCCGAUGUAUGACCCCUCAAUGAUGGGAAUGUUUAGGGAUGGUUCCUCCUCUGGUGCUGGUGGAGGCGGGUCAUCGUCGGCUUCUGGGGCGCAGGGUGAGAACUCGUUGGGGGAAUUUAACCCGUUUGGUCACUUCAAGUGAUCACCACAGUUUAGAGACAGGUCUCAGCUGUUUAAUUAACAGACAUAAUGAAUAAAUAAUUGCAUUAGUUUGCAAUUAAUUAGUAGUUAUAAGUUAUUGUGGUUGUUGUACGUAGUUUAUCUCUAUGUUUUAGCAUGGUUGCAAAGUGGGUUUGCUUCCUUGAGUUCAAGGACAAGU